AUGGCUAGUAAAGAAGAUGAACGGAAAAGAUUUGAAGUUGAACUGGAAUUUGUGCAGUGUCUGUCGAAUCCACAUUAUCUAAACUUUCUAGCACAGCGUGGCUAUUUUGAAGAUCAGGCAUUUGUUAACUACUUGGAAUACUUGUUGUAUUGGAAAGAACCAAGUUAUGCAAAAUUUUUAAAAUACCCACAAUGUUUAAUGUUUUUGGAACUGUUACAAUAUGAAAAAUUCCGCAAGGAACUUGUAAAUCCUGGUUGUGCAAAAUUUGUGGAUGAACAGCAGUUAUUGCACUGGCAAUAUUAUUCAUACAAGAGACGACAAGUGAAGGUGCCACAUCCUGACGACCAUGCCAGAUGA